GCACACAGUUUUGUUUUGGCGGUGAACGAGACAAGUUCGUAGACAUUGCAAAAAUGUUGAAAGUGCGCAGUGGACUAUCAGCAUUAAUUCAGUCGCAAAAAGCGGCUCUCUCGCUCGGCAAUCAGAAGCGUUGGCAAACCAAUGUGGCCACAGCUGAGGCCAGGGGAGAUUCCGAAUGGCUGCAGGCCAAGCCAUUUGAGGAAAUCCCCCGCAUAAACAUGGUGUCUUUGAUGAUGAAAAUGUCCAUGCCCGGCGGCAAAUACAAAAAUAUGGAAUUGAUGGAUAUUUUUAAGAGCAUGAGACGGGAUUAUGGGGAAAUAUUCUUCAUGCCCGGCAUGAUGGGAGGCCCCGCCUUCCUGAGCACCCACAAUCCGGAGGACUUUGAGGUGGUCUUUCGCAACGAGGGCGUGUGGCCCCAUCGUCCCGGCAACGACACCCUGCGCUAUCAUCGCGAGGUGUACCAGAAAGACUUCUACGACGGCGUCGUUGGCAUCAUUCCCUCGCAAGGAAAGUCCUGGGGUGACUUCCGCACCACGGUGAAUCCGGUCCUCAUGCAACCCAAGAAUGUGAGGAUGUACUACAAGAAGAUGUCCCUGGUUAAUCAGGAGUUUGUGCAACGCAUUAGGGAAACCAGAGAUACCAAUACGUUGGAGGUGCCCGAUGAUUUCAUAGACACCGUCAACCGGUGGACCCUCGAGUCUGUGUCUGUGGUGGCCCUGGACAAGCAGCUGGGAUUGCUCAAGGAUGUGAACAAGGAGAGUGAAGCCCUCAGGCUUUUCCACUACCUGGAUGAAUUCUUCAUAGUAGCCGCUGACCUUGAGAUGAAGCCCUCGCCGUGGCGGUACAUCAAGACACCAAAGUUGAAGCGUUUGUUGACCGCCCUCGAUGGCAUCCAGGAGGUGACAUCGGCCUAUGUGGAGGAGGCGAUCGUGCGCCUGGAGAAGGAGGCCAAGGAGGGAGUGGUGCGGCCGGAGAACGAACAAAGUGUCCUGGAGAAACUCCUAAAGGUGAACAAAAAGGUGGCCACCGUAAUGGCCAUGGACAUGCUGAUGGCCGGAGUGGAUACGACUUCGAGCACCUUUGCUGCCCUGCUGCUGUGCCUCGCCGAAAAUCCGGAAAAGCAAGAAAAGCUGCGAGAGGAGGUGAUGAAGGUGCUGCCCCAAAAGGACUCGGAGUUCACUGAGGCCUCGAUGAAGAAUGUCCCGUAUCUGCGUGCCUGCAUCAAGGAGUCGCAACGUGUCCGCCCACUUAUCGUUGGAAAUGCCCGUGUCCUUGCCAAGGACAGUGUUCUUAGUGGCUAUCAAGUGCCUGCCGGCACCUAUAUAUCCAUAGUUCCGCUGCAUCCGCUCACCGACGAUGAAUACUUCCCACAAGCUUCCGAAUUCCUGCCUGAGCGCUGGCUACGCACCCCUAAGGAUGACCAGUCCAAGUGCCCAGCCAAUGAGCUCAAGUCCAAGAAUCCCUUCGUGUUCCUGCCUUUUGGAUUUGGACCCCGGAUGUGUGUUGGGAAGCGCAUUGUGGAGAUGGAACUGGAGCUGGGCAUUGCCCGAAUCAUUCGCAACUUCAAGGUGGAGUUCAAUUAUCCCACGGAGAACGCCUUCAAGUCUGCCCUAAUCAAUCUUCCGAACAUACCGCUCAAGUUUAAGUUUACCGAUUUGCAGAAUUAAAUAAUUAAUAUAUAAUCACAAAGGGCAUUUACAGUUUGUAAAGAUCGAAAGUAAAGUAAUAAUUAAGAAAUUACCUUGUACAGGUUUUAAAAAAGGGAUAACUAUAACUAUGUGAUAUUUCGUUAAUAAUAAAAACGAGUAAUUUUCCUGUAAA